AUGAAAGCAAAAGCAAGAACAAAAGAACUUAACCGCAGUCUUGAAUGACCCAGUACAGUAAUUGCAACUAGGAGAUUAGCUGCAGGAUACUGUCCAGUCUUUCAAAUGCCUGUAAACCAGGGAGACAAACCUACAUUUUAGGGAAGGUCAAGAAACUUGCAGUUCGAGGUCCCAGCCUGCUAGCUCAGGAAGGGCAGAGCUAAUCACAGAAACAUCCUGGAAGACAUUAAAAGAAGCACAGAAGACAAGAAUAUGGAAAUAUGGAAAGACAAAAGGAAUAUGGAAAACAUGAAUCUCCGCUCCGUCUUCACACUCGAGCAGCAGCGGAUUCUGCAGCGUUACUACAACAAUGGAAUGACCAAUCAGAGUAAGAGCUGCUUCCAGCUCAUCCUGCAAUGUGCUCAGGAGGCCAAACUGGACUUCAGCGUGGUGCGGACGUGGGUCGGCAACAAAAGACGGAAACUGACCGCCAAGAGUGACCAGAAUGGAUCUCCACACAGCUCGUCCAAUCACACUGUUGGUGGCGGCAGUGGCGGUGUGGGAGGAGGGGGUGGGAGUGUGGUCCUGCCAACAGAGCUUCCGGUGCGUAGUGUGGCGAACAGCUUUCGUGGUGCAUCACAGACCCAGCUCCUGCCAGCAGCCUCUUCCUCCUCCAGUAGCAUCAAUAACAUCAGCAACACCACAAACAACAACGGCAGCACCAGUUGCAAUGAUGUCAUAGUCACUGGCGUCUACACCCUGGCGAAAUCCUCCAGCCGGGCCGAAACAGCCUCCCAAACCAACAGCAUUAUACACAAGACUGUCUCUAAGUGCCGCAGCGAGACUGAACUUCAGCCGCCACGUGAUCUCCAGCUGAAGACCACCAGCCCGGUGAAUUCCUUCAGCAGCAAGGCGGUCUCACUUCCAAGGAAGCCGGUACAGCUCAGCCCCACAAAUGCAGUCUACUGCCACAUCAAGAAAAGCUUCCCUGCUGCGGGCACCCAGCCGGUCGAGCCGCUGUGCCUCCCUAGGACGGCUGCUUGGGAUAGACAGUACACGCAACAGCAGUGGUCUUUUCCCUCUGAUCAGCAGCCCUCCAACUCAAUGUCCAGGGUGCGGGACUCUUGUCCAGCCGGGAAUGUCAAAAUCAAGCAGGUGUUUACCCUGGCCCCUGGGGGGAGCGAGCAGCAGCAGCAGCAGCAGUCGAGGGUUUUCGGACAGUCGCUGCCCCCUCAGCAGCAGCACAGCAGGCCCCGGCCGGUGGAGAGCUCUGGCUGCUUCUCUAUUGCCAUGGAAACUGGUGAUGUUGAUGAUGAGUAUGCCAGGGAGGAGGAGUUGGCCAACAUGGGCGCCCAGAUGCAGAUCUGCCCCAGCGGUGUCUUGGAACCUAGUGCUCUGCGGUUGAAGGACAGCCCUGGGGCAAUGUCGGCGGGGCGGGGUGGGGCUGGAGGGACGCUAGGAUCGCAGCCAGGCAGCUCAGACUUGUCCCCCACCUCUCUCUACCCUGGCAGCAGGGACUACCAAACGCCGUCAACCUCUUCCCACUACCUGUCUGGCUCGGCUGCAGUCUUCAACAGCGGCAGUGUUGUCAAAGCACGCAGUAACUACCCAGCCAAGUUUCACUCCGCACCUAGCAGCCGCAGCUCACCCCAGAGAAUGGGCACCUACCAGGCGUCAGGAAACCUACCGAUCCCCUGGAUUACAAGUAACUCCAGAAAAAGAACAUUACAGGAUCGGACACAGUUCAGUGACCGAGACUUGGCUACGCUGAAGAAAUUCUGGGAUAACGGAAUGACCAGCUUGGGGUCAGUCUGCAGGGAGAAAAUCACAGCUGUGUCGACCGAGCUGAACGUGGACUGUGAGAUCAUCAAGACCUGGAUUGGGAACCGCCGCAGGAAGUACCGCCUCAUGGGAAUUGAGAUCCCGCCCCCAAAAGGAGGACCAGCUGACUUCACUGACCAAACAGAUCCGGGGUCACCGGGGACGCUGACCCCAGGGGAGCACACGCCCAAGACGUCAGACCAGGCAGAGGACAGCGACCACAAUGACGAGGUGUCCAUCUGUCUGUCUGAAGACGGGGCGAGUGAUGCGUAUCAAAGAGAGAGCGGGGAAGACGGUGAUGGAGAAACGAAUAACGCCACCUCAGCCGACAACGUGAAAAUAGAAAUAAUUGAUGACAAUGAAGAAGACGGCUGUACUUCUGAUUUCGAGCAAAUGCAAACGCUGCUUGAAUACAAGAAUGAUGAAGUCCAAUACCUUGAGCAAGAGCUAGAGAACCAAAAACAAAGAUACUACGAUCUCCAGACAUUUACCAGAAACUUGGUAGCCGCUGUGAAGUCAAACGAUACAGAACAGCAACAGGCGCUGCUGUUGAGUUUACCUCAAGAAGUAGAAGGAGAAUGGGACUUCAGCCAUGUAUCUUCAGAGCAGAGUGAUCCCAUGGUAAUGAUCCAAACGUAUUCCUCUGUAUCAGAGGAGAAAGGUGCUGCAGACACGUGACGUUACCAACCAGACCCUUCUAGGCACUGCUGCCUUCUCAGUGUUGCAAGAGUAACUGUUUUAUGGGAAUGCCUUUUUUAUUGCAUAUGACUGCCUUGUCCAAGGAAAUGAUAAAUAAAAAAUAGAUACUUCACA